AUGUUACUUAAUGUAGCUAAAAAAUGUUUAUGUACAACAUAUUAUUCGGAUACAUUUAAACAGAUAAUUAAUUUAAAAAAUGCUGAGUUUCCAUCAAAAGGGACCUUUUUUGUUAUUGAAUGUGCACAUUAUAUUAGCUCAUAUACGGGUACACUGUUAUCAAAGGAUGAAGUUUUCUGUUAUACAAUUAUUAUGGAUAGUGACGAAAUAUUCAAACAAUGUUUGUCUCAUAAAAAACUAUUUGAUAAUGUAAGUCUUACUCAAGCUAUGACAUACCUCAUAGAUAUUCUACAAAUGCCGCUAACUAGAAUGUUUACUAAACAUUUAACAGUAAUAGAUUAUCUAUUGUUAAUUUUACAACAAACAGUUGAUGAUGCUGAUCAAUUUGAACAACAUGCUAUAGAAUUAAUUGCUUCAACAACAACAUUAAUAUACAGUUUAAUAUACAACUCAAAAUUUCUUAGUAAAUGUAAAAAUGUUACAGAAUUAUUUCAGAAACAUUCUGCUUCAAAUGACAAACGUAUAAGCUUUAAUGCCAGAAUGAUCACUUAUGCGAUAAAUGAAGAUAAAGCUGAAGAAAUAGAAGAACCCGACAAAGUGAUAACAAUAUUUGUCAGUUAUCUUGGAAAUUCCGUAAACGAUGAAUCACAAAGAUGCGAAGGUGUUCCAUUGAAAUCUUUAUUAACGAGCUUGAAAAUUCUUGUUCAAAACGAUAAAAUACAAGUAGAACUGGUUCAACAGAAUGGUAUACCAUUGUUAAUCGAAUGUGCAUGUGAAUCAAAGUUUGAUGCAACGACCAUUCAACUACCAUCUUUAGAAAAUUUAUGGACAAUGUCAUUUCUUCCAAAUGCUGCUGAAAUAUUAAAAAAUCAUCCAGAUUUUAUUCAGAAUAUAAAACAUAAACAAUUAAUAUCAUCAAAUAAUACUGACACUAGAAAUGUGACUAAUGGUUUAUUAUGGAACUUGAAAGAAGAAUCUGAGAGAUUAUUAAUAAUAAAAGAGAAAGCGCAUGACUCAUCUGAAAAUUCUGGAGAAAGUUUUGAAUACGAUGUAAUGUUGAGUUAUUCACAUAACGAUGAAGAUAUAUGUGAUAAAAUAUAUAAUUGUUUAACAAAAGAUAAAUUUAAAGUCUGGUUAGAUAAAAGACAAAUGUAUAACUCGUAUAUGGAACGAAUGGCUGAAGCUAUUGAAAAAUCAGAGUUUAUACUUAUUUUUAUGUCAGAUUCAUAUAAAAAGAGUCAAAAUUGUCAAUCUGAAGCAAAUUAUGCACGUGAAAAUAAACGUUAUUUAAUACCGUUAAAAAUUCACACAGAUUAUAAGCCAAAUGGUUGGUUAGGACUUCUCGUAGCUGGGUUAA